CCCGCCGUCGCGGGUUUGUUUGCGGCCGCCCGGCGGCGGCGGCCGGAGCCGAGCGGACCCGGACGGACCCGAACCGAGCCGGAAAGAGCCGAAAGCAGCCGGGAAGAGCCGAGCGCUGCCAAGCGCGGCCGGCCGGGCAUGAGGAGCGGCGGGACGCGGAGCCCCCCGCGCCCCCCGCCCGGGGCCGGUGCCCCCGGGGCUGCCCGGCCGAGCCCGCCGGUCCUCGGGCCCCGGUGACGCCGCGGGAACCGCCGCAGGGGGGGCCUGGGCUAUGCGGUGGUGGCUGCGCGCCGCCGUCCUCAGCCUGCUCGCCGGAGCCGGGGGCAGCGACCGGAGCGAGCCCCGGGCCGUGGUGGGGCGCGUCGGGGGCAGCGCGGUGCUGGGCUGCGGGCUCCUGGGCGCACACGAGGCGCGCCCGCCGCUCUACGUGAUCGAGUGGGUUCGCUUCGGCUUCGUCCUCCCCAUCUUCAUCAAGUUCGGGCUCUACUCGCCGCGCGUGGACCCCGAGUACGCGGGUCGUGUGCGGCUGGAGGAAGGUGCCUCGCUGCGCCUGGACCUGCUGCGUGCCGAGGACCAGGGCUGGUACGAGUGCCGGGUGCUCUUCCUCGACCGGCACAGCACCGACGCCGACUUCCAGAACGGCACCUGGAUCCACCUCACCGUCAACGCACCCCCAACCUUCCUGGAGACCCCCCCUGCCUUCGUAGAGGUGCGGGACCAGGCUGCACUGAGCCUCACCUGCAGGGCUGUCGGCAACCCCCAGCCUGUUGUCACCUGGAAGAGGAGCGACCUGCCUGUCCAGAGCGGGGACACGGUGCAGGUGAGCAACGGGACGUUGAGCAUUGCCACCGUGGAACGUGCCAGCGCAGGCACCUACACGUGCCAUGCCUCCAGCAAGGAGGGCACUGUCACCCACACCACCCGUGUGCUCGUGCAGGGGCCACCCAUCAUCGUGGUGCCACCCCAGAAUGUCACUGUCAACAUCUCCCAAGAUGCCUUUCUGGCGUGCCAGGCUGAGGCAUACCCAGGGAACCUCACCUACACCUGGUUUCAGGGCAGCAGCAACGUCUUCCACCUCAGCCACCUCCAGGCUCGGGUCCGUGUCCUGGUGGACGGGAGCCUCCUGCUGCAGCGAACAACCCCGGACGACGCUGGGAAAUACACCUGCACCCCCAGCAACGGGCUCUGGAAGCCACCUUCUGCCUCAGCCUUCCUCACAGUGCUCUACCCGGCGCAGGUGACCACCAUGCUGCCGGAGACUCACCUGCCCAAGGGCAUGCGGGGCGUGAUCCGCUGCCCCUCCAGGGCCAACCCGCCCCUGCUCUCCGUCACAUGGACGAGGGACGGGCGCCCGCUGGAGCUGGACAAGCUCCCCGGCUGGUCCCUUCGUCCCGACGGCUCCAUCGUCGUCGCCACGGGCAACGACGACGCGCUGGGGCUGUACCGCUGCACGCCCUACAACAGCUACGGCACCGCCGGCGAGUCCCGGCCCACGCGGGUCCUGCUGAAGGACCCUCCUGCCUUCACGGUGCGGCCCAAGGAGGAAUAUUUCCAGGAGGUGGGCCGGGAGCUGGUGAUUCCCUGCGUGGCUCAAGGGGAUCCCCCACCCACCAUCAGCUGGGUCAAGGUGGGCAGCGUGGGGAAGAGCAGUGCCCAGGUGGAUGGGAACAGCAGCCUCGUCCUCCACCCCCUGAUCAAGGAGCAGCACGGAGUCUGGGAAUGCACGGCCACCAACCAGGUGGCCAGUGUCACUACUGCCACCUCUGUCCAUGUACUGGGUACCAGUCCCCACGCUGUCACCAAUGUCUCCGUGCUCCCACUGCUGCUGGCAGCCAACAUCUCCUGGGAGCCAGGCUUUGAUGGAGGCUACUUCCAGAGGUUCAGCGUCUGGUACACCCCUCUGGUGAGGUACCCACCGCGGGCACACCACGACUGGGUGUCACUGUCGGUGCCAGCGGGGGCUCAGCACCUUCUGGUGGAGAACCUGCAGCCAGACACCAGUUACCAGUUCAGCGUCCUGGCCCAGAACAAGCUGGGCAGUGGCCCCUUCAGCCAGAUCGUCACCUCCGUGCCCAGGGGCUUCCCAGUGACCACAGUGCCUCCGGAGCCACCAGCCAUGACUGUGCACGUCUUCCUGUCCCCACCCCGGGCUCUGACUGCCAACGAGACUGUCAGGGGGGUCCUGCUGCGCUGGCACCCCCCUGCCCGUGCCUCGGUGGCCCUGAGCGGGUACGCGCUGGAGCUGCGGCAGGACAAGGGCGGCUGGGAGGUGCUGGAGCGCUCCAUCCCCGGCACUGACACCCAGGUGCUGGUGCCAGGGCUCAUCAAGGACGCCUUCUAUGAGUUCCGACUGGUGGCCUUUGCUGGCAGCUACAUCAGCGACCCCAGCAACACGGUGAACGUGUCCACGGCAGGGAUGGAGGUGUACCCGUCCCGCACGCAGCUGCCGGAGCUGCUGCCACAGCCGGUGCUGGCAGGGGUCAUCGGGGGCAUCUGCUUCCUCAGCGUGGCCGUCAUCUUCAGCACCAUGGCCGCCUGCAUCAUGAACCGGCGCCGCGCCGCGCGCGUCCGCAAGCGCCGCCAAGAUCCACCACUCGUCUUCUCCCCCAGCAAGAAGCUUCCACCUCCACACAAUGCUCGUGGCCCUGCUAGCCCCGCCAGCACGGUGAAACUGAAGCUGCAGCCAUCCCCGUGCCGGAGCCUGCACCGGAGCCUGCUGUGGGGUGAAAAAGCCGGCACCAGCCUGGGGCUGAGCAUCGCCGGCUCCCCCUACCCCGCCUACGAGAGCCACGGGCGGGAGCACGUCCCGCUGGAGCGCAUCUGCCGCGGCCCCGACGGCCGCUUCGUGCUGGAGACCGACCCGCGGCCGGAGCCGGAGCCGGAGCCAGAGCCGGAGCCUCCGCGGGACCCCCGGCAGCCCUACCGCCAGCUGCCCGCCGAGGAGGAGGAGGAGGAUGACGAGGACGAGGAGGAAGAAGAGGAAGACGACGAGCCCGUGUGGCACAGGGGGGUCUCGCUGCGCCCCCAGCCCGCGGGGCAGCCCCGCCGGGGCUCCCGAGCCUCCGGGCACCGCCACGGCCGCUACUUCGGCUACGGCAGCAGCAGCCCCGUGGACGAGGCCGUGGCGUUGAGCAUCACCGACGUCAGCCCCGUGGCCUCUGCCGCCGCCACCCUGCCUUACAGCGCCGUCCAGGAGCCCCCCCGGCCCCGCCACGGCGCCCCCCGGGACUCACCGCCCCGCCAGGGCUCCCCCCGACCGGCCAGCGGCCCCCCGGCGACCCCCGCCCCUCCGGCCAUCAGCGGCAUCCUGCAGUACCUCAGCCUGCCCUUCUUCAAGGAGAUGUGUGUGGACGGCGACUGGCCCUCCCCGGAGGAGCAGGGGGAGCCCCCCGGUACCGGUGCCCGGCCGGAGCCCCCCGCCAGCCCCCCGCGCCCGGGGCGGACGCUGUGCCCGGACUGCAUUGACCCAAGUGCCAACGCCACCUCCCCUCCCGUCACCGCCGCGUUCCUUCAGCCCCCCCGGCUGCCCCUGGGCCCCGCCAAGGCCUCGCUGCCCGGUUCCCCCUCCUGGCCCCGCUCCCCCAGCCCCGGGCCGCCCCCCCAACCGGCCCCACAUCUCCGGACUGAGACCCCGGGGCGGCCGCCGGACGCUGCAGCCCCUGAGAAGCUCCCUCGGGGCAGCCUGACCAGCCAGAGCAGCGGCCGGGGCAGCGGAUCCUUCCUGCGGCCCCCCUCGCUGGCACCGUCUCUGGGUGGCACCUUCCUGGGCACUCCCGUCGGGGACGGGGGCAGCUGGCACAGUGGGGGCUCGGCAGCAGAGGAGGGACGGGGCAGGACGGAUGCUGGCGCCGGGAAGAGGAGAAACACCUCGGUGGACGAGAACUACGAGUGGGACGCGGAGUUCGCGCUGGAAUCGGAGCUCCUGGAGGCGCUGCAGCUUUACCGGGGCGGCCCGGCCCGGCCCGGUUCCUCCAUCGCGCUGCGGGACCUGCAGCGGCACCAGCCCGGCUCGGCCCCGGUGAGCUCGGUGUCGGCGGAGGCGUUGGGGACGGGGGGUCCCCCGGAGCGUGGCCAGACCCCCCGGCCCGAGGGGUUGGGGGCGCGGCGCCGCAGGGAAGGGGCCCAGCAGCGGCGGCAGAGGGUGGGCGCCCGCGGGUGCUGCUCGGAGCGCUUCGAGGUGGCCACGCUGCUCUAGGGACCCCCGGGACCCCCCCCGGGUGAAAGGAUGGGCGCGGGGGGGGGGAAUAAAGAGGCGUGAGAGCAGCUCUGGCUCCUGUUGGCGGGGGGAUCCCCGAGGAAUCCCGGAUUCCACGUCACCCCUCUGUCCCAUGUCUUCCAUUCCAUCCUAACCCCCCCCUCCAUCAUCUCGGUGUCCCCCUCCCACCUCGUCCCGCUCUCCGUGCCUUGUGCAGGCUCCCCCAUUCUCCUGUGUCCUCAUCGUCCUCAUCUUCCUCAUCCUCUGGCCACAGUUCUCCCCUUUCCCCACUCGCAUCUUCCCGGCCUCGCCCUAUCAAUCCCACCCCCCCCAAUCUUUCUGGUACCCCCACCCCCAUUUCC